GUCCUGACAUGCAUGGCUGCUUCUCUUCUCAAGUUGUCUUCCUUCAUUGCCUUCCUCUGCAUUGCCCUCCUCGUCUCCUCUCCCAACGAGAAUGUGGAGGCAGUACUUUGUGGGAGACUUAGCGGGAGAUUUAUAGGGAAUUGCAUCGACAGUGUUCAGUGCAAUGAUACACGCCGCACGGAGGGUGCUGUUGCUGGAAAUUGUCUGGCCCAUGGUUUGGGAUUUGCAUGCUUCUGCUACUACAAUUGUAAAAAGUGAUAGUUUCACAGCUAAUUACCUACUUGACGAUGAUCUCUGCGACUUCCUGUAAUUUCUUGUUU